CCCAUUGUGAAGAAAAGAAUCUCUCCAGUCUGAUUAGUCGGUAUUCGACGUGUGCAAGGAACCCGUUGAUAGAGAAGGCGCGCCUAUGUAAGCCGUACAACGGAGUGCGCGCGCGAUUUGCACUUUGAUUGCGCAGACUUGUGCCGGUACCUAGAUUGCCAAGAGUUGUCCCCUGCGCUGGAAGACUGGCUGAUGCGUAGGUCGGCGACACCCCAGUUAAACGUGCACUCCUCAGUUUGAAACGUGUUCAUAGUACGUUCCCGUUGAUGCAAGUGCGCGCGUAGUCACCGAUGGCGAAAAGCUUGUUUGUUGCAUAUUUAUUAUGGUUUACGUUAGGUGUGCUAGGUGCACAUCACUUCUACCUUGGUCGCGACCGCCAAGCCUUUGUGUGGUGGAUGACACUGGGUGGUUACUUCGGCCUUGGCUUGAUCAGGGAUAUUUGGCGAAUUCCACAUUAUGUCAAAUACGCCAACAGAGAUCCAGAGACUGUCGACAAGUUGAAAGAAAAAAUGCGCAGACAUGCGAAGCCACCAUCCAAUACUGUUAGAUCUAUAGGGCAAAUGAUAGUUUCAGACGCCCUCGGUUACAUGAUCUUGUACGCCAUACCGGUGGAAUACAUUCCUGCGGACUACAUGGCUUUCGCUGCUCUACCAGUGCCACUGGCAGUUGCGAUCGGUGUCCACCUCGUGGGCAACAUAGGGGAACAAGAAGGCAACUUCAAAAUGCCAUUGUUGGGAGCAUACUUGACAUACCCGCUCUACUUCUUCAGCACGCACAGCGUCUUUUGGACCAGCCUGGCCUCUAGCUACUUCUUCAACAAUUAUGCUAAAACAUGGCGCCUCAAGCCACGGCCUGCCAAGCCAUUGUGCCAGCGGCUUGUAGUGUUCAUCACAUGUGGCCUGCUGUACAGCUCUAUGUGGGCCUCAUGGUUGUACUUCAACUGUAGCAUGACUGACAAUGAUGGCACUGAGGUCAAGUGCCGCGACUCAAUCCAGCAUUUCUUUAGCAGCCCUCUGUGGCAGGACUUCAAAACCGUCAUGGUGGGUAUGUACCACCAGGUGCGACAUCAAGGCUGGAGUGAACUUUGGCGGCUCUUUAUGGAGGCUCUUGAUCCUCAAGGAGAAGCCAAUGCCCUUAAGGUUCUUGGUGUUCAACCCAGUGCCUCGCAAGAAGUCAUCACAGCAGCUUAUCGCAAGCUGGCUCGCCAGUGGCAUCCUGAUCGUUUUAAAGAACAUGGCCAGAAACUUGAAGCUCAAGAGAAAUUUAUUGAGAUUCAGAAGGCAUAUGAGGUCCUCUCCAACUUGAAAUCACGGCGACUAAAAAAGAAUGCUCAAGAACCUGAAAACCCAAGUGACGUUCGCAGCGAGUUCUGAUGAGUCUUUCCAAGCAGACUCUAAAUGUGCACUGAACUUCUUUGAUGGCAUUGUUUUUGUGAGUUUGGCGGGGUAUACAGUUAUUUAGGCUGCACAACAUAAAGUCAGCAGGCAACAUAAGGUUACGGGUAGCACAUUGUUUUCUUUUACUUUGCACUUACAGCCAUGUGUCACUGUUCUGCUACCAAAGUGAAAAAAAUUAUACUCAUUUGUUCAGUAUAAGUGUGCCUUAAAAUAUAUUGGUUCUGUGAGACAUUACAUUCCAAAGAUUUUUAUUUAAGUUAUUUGAACGUGUGCCUUUUGUUGACUGCACACCUAGGCAAGUCUUUCAUAUUUGCGUUUAUAGCUGCAGGAAGAUUUGAAGUGUUUCUACAAAAACUUGCAGCUUGGUGCGGUAAACAGUGCAAAAUCAUUGUAUGACAUUUUAGGAAACAAACACUGCAUAGAGGUCACUGCAUGAUGUCUUGCUCAGGGGAGCACCACUUGUGAUGUCAGUUUUUAUUGCACUGAAAGCUUGGCUUGGUUAAUGUUCUUAAUUUUAUUAUUCUUUGUGAAAGAAGUUAGGAGCCGUGAAGAAAAUUUAACUGAUUUGUGCAUAAAAUAAGUUGGCCAGUGUUGCUAUUUCAUUGCUUGUACAUCUAAAAUGAACUUGUGACCACAUUUGAAGUAAAAUAGUUGCACUAAUGAAAAUAUGAAAUUCUCGUGAUGUCUAAAGACUAAAGGAUGUAAAAGGAAUGUAACAGUUAUGCAGGGACAUAGCAAAUGUCUUGAAUAUUUGUGCAGUAAUCACAUUUUUAUGACAAGGUUUGUACACGAAAAAAGUUUGUGCAGAUACAUAAGGUAUACUUAUGUGAGCAUCUGUAUGGAUUUGUAUAUUUUUGAUAUCCUUUGGCAUAAGUGGUUGCUGCAUUGCUGAGAUCAUUUUAAUAGCAUGUUCUAGUGCCUCCAAAUCAAGGUUGCAGUGCUUUUCUAUCAGUACUGUUGUAUGGGUGUACACAUGUAAAUCGCACUAACCCACAAGACCGGGCCGCUUCUAUAGCUGAAGGCAAUAACAUUCUUCUGUGCCUUACUGGAACAGUGAGCUUGCCUAUUGUGGAAUGUUUUUACCAAUUCCAUUGUGUGAUCAAGCUUGCUGAAUGACAGCUUUCCCAUGUGAGAAAUUUAUGGCCAUGUCUUGCUGCCAUAUCUGUGAUUAUUCUAGAGUGAUGGCUCCUACUGUUUUUGGUAGGGCAGCUAUAUUAUUUUAUGCAUAGCUUUGAUGGCAAGCACUGCACUUAGUUUGUCUGUGUAUGCACCCAUAGCCACUUACAAAGGUGAUGA